UGCGCGCUGUCAGGCAACAAUAACAAAACGCAUCGUUGUCGAUCUGCCUUUUUGCAGCCUCCGAAGCCUCGAUGCGAAUACGUGUGCGAGAAAAACUUAACUCAACAAACCGAUUUCUUGGCUGGUACGGUUCACGGAUAUCGUAACAGCCCUGGCGGUCAUCGGCCGCGAGUGUACUGUCGCGGCCGGACAGAUGGAUAAGCCCAAGUCCACCGCCACACGCGCCACCGUAUCCGGCGGUGGAGGUCGCGACAAACCGGACAAACGCAAGGACAAGAAGGAUAAGGGCGGCGGCGGCGGCGGCAAAUCGGGCGGUUCGAAUAAGCGCAACAAAAGGAACAAGAAGGAUGCUGCACUGCCCAUGACCCGGGUCGUUAUCCGCCGGCUGCCACCGACAAUGACGGAGGCGGUGUUUUGCGAGCAAAUUUCGACGGACGGCAAGAUGCCGAACCACGACGAGUUUUACUUUGUGGGGCCCGAUUGGACCCUGGGACACAAUGCAUCCUGCCGGGCGUACAUAAACUUUACCAAUCCGGAAGAUAUCUUCCGGUUUACCGAUAGCUACGAUGGGUACACGUUCGUCGACAGCAAGGGCAUGGAGCAUCAGGCCGUGGUGGAGUAUGCGCCGUUUCAGAAGCUACCGAAAACGCGAUCUCGCAAGAAGGAUCCCAAAUGUAAUACGAUCGAAACCGAUACCCACUUCCUGGCGUUUAAGGAAGCACUGGAAGCGGAAGAGCAGGAAGCGCUGCACGGGCGGGGAACGCAGGAGUUCAGCUUUAAGAUAGAGCAUGAGGAGAAAACCACGACCACACCAUUGCUGGAAUUCAUCGCACAACGGAAGCAAGAGAAACGCGACGAAAAGCGUCGCAAGCAGGAGGAAAAACGUCGUAUGCGGGACGAGGAACGGCACAUGCGAAAGACGCAGAUAGCCAGGUCAAUACCGGACGCGAUCUGCGAAGAGGUGGUGAGCGAAAUUAUGGAACGAGCCGUGCUGCCACGCUUAAAUCCGGCCCAAAAUGCAUCCAAACCGAUGGGUACCUUUUCCGGCAAAGGUGGUGGUGGUGGUGCUGCAGGUGGAGCAGAUGGAGGAAAAUUUAAGGACGAUAAGGAUAAAAAGUCGAAGAAUAAGAAGGAGAAGGAGCGAAAUCGCGACAAGAAGGGAGAGGAUACGAAAGCGCCCCCGGAAAGCGGAAAACCGGACGGAGGCGAUAAAAAUGCCGGCAGCAGGAAGCAAGAUCGCGACAAGGGUGGCAAAAAGGGGAAGGAGAAGCAGGGUAAGGAUGAGCCCCGUUUCCGAGAGCAAAACCAACAGCAGCAGCAGCAACAGAAAGGAGAGCGGAAUGAAUCGAAGUUGAAGAAGGAUAAACCACCGGCAGAAGGUCACCCGUCCGGUGGCAACAGUGAGCCGCACCCAUCCACGUCCAAAGCCGCCAACCCAUCGACGGGCGCGUCGUCAAACGAUGGGACGACCACCAAGAAGGAGGUUAAGAAGUACAGUGAGCGGCGCAAAGAAACGCGUGCCCGGGCGGAAACACGACUCGCCGAGCAGGACACCCGGAACGAGCCCGAUUCGAACGCCAAGGACACCGGUCCGCCCGCCACCAGUAAGCCGGUGGAGGUGAAGAAAAGCAUACUCACCGCCAAUGUACCACCGUUCAUACCGAAAGAGAAGACGACCAUCCUGCUGGCUGGGCACGCGUCGACGGCAACGAACAUUCCCGUCGAGCACCUUCUGACUGAAAAGAUGGCCAAGGUUACCAUCGAAAAGCGGCCUCAGACUGGCUCGCAGACGGACAAUGGCAAAAAGUCCCCUUCGCCGGACGGUGCGGCACCGGGACCGAAGACAAAACUGUCCGAAAAGCAGCGUGAACUGCGUGAAGCGCGCAAAAUCCGUAACAAGGAUCGUCCCUCGAUCGAGAUCUACCAGCCCCGCAAGCGGAUCGUGUCUGGCGGUGGUACGGGCAAAAGUGAGGACGAUCGUGGCCGGAGCGAUUCCGACCGUCCGUCCGACAACGUGUCCGCUUCGGCUUCGGCUGGAGCCGCGGUGGAGAAUGACGCGAAAGAGCGGCGCCAUAAGCUCACGAAGAAAGCGUCCGAUCGGCCGCAGCGUGAACGUAAGAAUGGAAGAAAGAACUCGAUCGAGGUGGACAGUGGUGGCAAGGAAACGGUGGCUGGCGGCAGUGUGCAGCAGGGUUGAGGAGUUUGGUCCUGCUGUAAGGCGAACGCUUUCCUUGCGCUUGCGAUGCGAUCCACACACACACACACACACGGCAGCGUGUAAAUUGUGCAAAGGAAUAGCCAAUAGUACGACUAUUAGCAGAACUCCUUAUCCACUUUUUUGCUGACUGUGUGUUCCGCCAAUGGAAGCGAUAAAACGAAAAAAAAAACGGAACCCGUCACCGGGUGUUCCGCGUUCAAAUACUGUGUGUUCCUACUUGCUGGUUUUCCGUUUUGAACAUGCUUUGCAGGAUAAACUAGAAUGCCAAGCUAAAGUUGCGUGUUGAAGAUGGCCACCAUAGCGGCAGCCUCUUGUUCAAUACCCUGUCAAAGAUCGAAGGGAAGACUGCAACCGAAUGAACCGUAUUUCAAAGGAAAUAAAGCAUCGGCAAAAGAUUAAAAAAGUU